UGGGUCCCGACUCCCGACCUCCUUUCAAAAUCACUCUCCACUACCCCGGUACCCCCCCUCUUCUCUCUAUUCUCCUCUUUCAGACACCUCUCUCUGUCUCCUCCCCCAGCUGUCUACCGGCCACCUUACGAUCACCUUACCCCAUGAGCUUCCAAGACCUCCAAAAUGGCGGAGGAGGCCGGCUUCCUUCCGCCUCUCGCUCUUCUUCCCAGUCUCCAUCUCAAGCAGUCGCCUCCGGUAUUUUUCAGAUCAACACCGCCGUCGCCUCCUUCCGUCGCCUCGUCGACGCUAUCGGCACCUUCAAAGACACCCCUGAACACCGUCUAAAGCUGCAUAAUACAAGGCAGCGUAUAUUGCAGUUGGUUAAAGAUACCUCUGCUAAGCUCAAAUCAAUUAGUGAUUCCGACCAUGCUGCUAAUGUCACUCAAAGCAAAAAAAUUGAAGAUGCUAAGCUUGCUAGAGAUUUUCAAGCUAUUUUACAAGACUUCCAGAAUGUUCAGCAGCUUGCCUCUGAGCGUGAAUCUUCCUACAUGCCAUCUGGGGCUCCGACUUCUUCUGUAACAGACUUGACUGGCGAAGAAGCUACACAAGACAUCGAAAACCAACCUUUCUUGCUAGAUCAAAAGAGGCAAGAAUUGGUGCUUUUGGAUAAUGAAAUUGUAUUUAAUGAAGCUAUUAUCGAGGAGAGGGAGCAGGGAAUUAAGGAGAUACAAAGCCAAAUUGGGCAAGUUAAUGAAAUCUUCAUGGACCUUGCUGUUCUUACACAUGAGCAGGGUGUAGUUAUUGAUGAUAUUCAUUCUAAUAUUGAGUCUUCUGCUGCUGUGACAAGCCAAGCGAAGAAGCAACUAUCUAAAGCUUCUAAAAGUGAAAGAUCAGGUUCAACUUGGUGUUGGUGGUUGCUGGCGGUGUUUAUAAUUGCAAUUAUUAUCUUCUCGCUUAUCUUAAUCCUAUAGGCUGCAAAUAAAGAGAUGAAGGUCGCGGGAUUGCCGCACGGCGAAUUCUGCAUUUUGAACAAGCUGAUAAUUCUUUUCUCCUUGACCGUUGUGGCUGUAGGAGCAUCUUUUUUUUUGUAAAAUCUUGUGUAUGCAUGUAUGUUUUUGUUGUGGUGUUGUUUUCCAAAGGUUUUUUUAUUUGACAUUCCUUUAUUAUUUUAUAUCUAAGUUUCAGAUUUCAGUUCUAUUUUGUUAGAGGCUGGAAAAGUGCCUUAUAGGAUUUGGAUGUAAUUAUUCAGUUUGAUCGGCUUGCUUGAAUUUUGAGAGAAGUGUAGUCCACAAAAAUGUAGAGUGGCUAUACCAACCUGUGUAUCUAAUUACACGUGGUAUGAAAAUGGCUUUGUUUUGGUGUGA